GAGUCGAAAAGAAGAGGUAAAAGGAUGGGACGUGUUUGUUGUCACACCUCCAGAAGAAGAAGACGAAACGGCCACUUCCAGAGCCAUUGACAUCACUUUAAAAUUUUUGAAACUCUUUGUGUAUUUGGUGACGUUCUCUGUGGUCAUUGUUUCCGCAGUGAUAGCGAAAAGUACUUUUCUUUUCAUUACAUCUCACAUACGAGAAAGUAAAACACUACCAGUCUGCAGGCGAGGAUUAGGUUUGGACCGUGAUAAAGAUUAUGAAAUACUCAUACCAACGAUUGAAAGAGUCGCUUGGGUCUGGGCUCUGUUUUUUGUGUUAGUCAUACCUGAAUUCUUUUCGUUGUUUCGAAGCUUUAGGAUAUGUGUCUUCAAGUCAUACAAAAGGCCAAUGUUCUUGUCAUUCCUAGCAGUAUUUAUUGGAGAGACACUGUAUACAGUUGGAUUGUGUCUAUUAGUUUUUAUUGUAUUACCCGACCUCGAUGUUAUUAAAGCGGCUAUGCUAACGAACUGUGUGUGCUUUGUGCCAGCCGUUUUAAGUCUCUUGUCACGUCACUCAGACGAAACACGUAGACCACUUAAAGUGAUAUUCGAUAUAUUAGCCAUAAUAUUUCAAGGCAGUGCCUUAGCGGUGUGGCCGAUUGCGGAGACUGGGCCUAGAGCAUGGUUCAUUCCUAUAGCUGUAGUUUUAGUAUCCUUCCGGUGGUGGGAAAACUACCUGGAUAAGAAAUCUCCGAUUGGCUUCAUACGCAGAUUAAGUUCUGUCAAAGAAGAUCUUAGAAAAAGUCGCUAUUUUACAUACGUAUUUCUUUCUGUGUGGAAGAUGCUACUCAUUUUCUGUUCUAUGUUCGGAUUUCUACAUUUGACCAUGGAGAAUGCCACUCUAAUCUUCAAAGGAUUCUCAGUCAGUUUGCGAAGCCAUCCUAUUGCAGUGCAACAAAUCAGAAGAACUGUGCUACAAGCUGAUCUACCAGAUAUUCCUACUGCCAGUCCUCUGGAUGAACAAGUUUCUAUAUUAUCUAUAGGCAUGGCGCCUAUUCACGUGGCCAUGAUACAGAUAAGCGCAGCAUUGGUAUGCUACGUUUUUGCUAAAUUUUCGUGCAAAAUUUGUAUCCAGGGAUUCAGUUUCGCUUUUCCUAUCAGUCUCACAAUUCCCGUUUCUAUAUCUAUGUUGAUUGCUGCUUGUGGAAUAAGGACAGAGGAUGAGUGCUUCUUUGAAGCAUUUAUACCGAAGUAUCUGUUUUGGACUUGUCCACAAGGGAACUUCUUACAAGAAUUUAUCUCGGACAAAUAUGCUUGGAUUUGGCUAUUGUGGCUCUUGUCGCAGACAUGGAUCGCAGUUCAUAUUUGGACGCCCAAAUGUGAGCGUCUAGCCAGCACAGAAAAACUGUUCGUCAAUCCCAUGUAUUGUGGAGCCCUGAUAGACCAAUCUUUGGCAUUAAAUCGGAGAAGAGACGAUGAAGGAGAAAUAAAAAGUGAGGAACUAGAUCUGGAGAAUAAAGAUGACAAUGAUAUUUCACAGUACUAUGAGACUAUCUCUAUUCGUAGUGAAGAGUCCAGCAGUCCUUCCGGAAAAAGUGUACCUGUUAAGGGUUCUGACCACAUCACUAGGAUCUACGCAUGCGCCACUAUGUGGCACGAGACGGCAGAAGAAAUGUUACAAAUGUUAAAAUCAGUGCUCAGGAUGGAUGAAGAUCAGUGUGCCAGAAGAAAUGCCCAGAAAUACCUCAGAAUCGUCGAUCCUGAUUAUUACGAAUUUGAAGUACACAUAUUCUUCGACGAUGCCUUCGAGUUAUGCGAUGGAGAUGAUGAAGAAAUGGUGGUCAACAGGUUCGUGAAGCUACUUGUGCAAAUUAUGGACACCGCAGCCAGCAACGUCCAUCAGUGCAACAUCAAACUGAAGCCUCCGAAGAAAAUCCCCACGCCUUACGGUGGAAAACUGGUGUGGACUAUGCCAGGCAAGAACAAGCUCAUUGCCCAUCUCAAGGACAAAAUUAAAAUUCGACACAGGAAGCGCUGGAGCCAGGUUAUGUACAUGUAUUAUUUGCUGGGUCACCGACUUAUGGAGCUGCCUGUAGAUGUCAACAGGAAAGCCACCAUGGCUGAAAAUACAUUCAUCCUUGCCCUGGACGGAGAUAUCAACUUUAGGCCCCACGCAGUUCAACUUCUGGUCGACUUGAUGAAGAAAAACAGGAACCUAGGCGCCGCUUGUGGUCGAAUACACCCCGUGGGUUCAGGACCCAUGGUGUGGUAUCAAAAGUUUGAGUACGCCAUCGGCCAUUGGCUUCAAAAAGCGACUGAACACAUGAUUGGCUGCGUGCUUUGUAGCCCUGGAUGUUUUUCACUUUUCAGAGCCAAAGCUCUUAUGGACGAUAACGUUAUGCGAAGGUAUACAACCACUUCUGAUGAGGCUAGACACUACGUGCAGUACGAUCAAGGUGAGGAUCGUUGGCUCUGUACUCUGCUGCUGCAAAGAGGAUAUCGAGUCGAAUACAGUGCAGCAUCUGAUGCUUAUACACAUUGCCCAGAAGGAUUCGGAGAAUUUUACACGCAAAGAAGAAGAUGGGCCCCUUCAACCAUGGCCAACAUCAUGGACCUGUUGGGAGAUUACAAACAGACAAUAGCUAUCAAUGAUAAUAUAUCAUUCCCCUACAUUAUAUAUCAGGGAAUGUUGAUGGUGGGCACAGUCCUCGGACCUGGUACCAUCUUCCUUAUGUUGGUGGGGGCUAUGGUAGCAGCAUUCAAGAUUUCCAAUUGGUAUUCCUUUUAUUAUAACAUUAUUCCUAUCCUGAUCUUCAUGACCGUUUGCUUCAUUUUCAAGAAUGAUAUUCAGAUUCUGGUGGCUCAGGUAAUGAGCGCUGCUUAUGCCCUGUUCAUGAUGGCAGUACUGGUAGGAACUUCUAUCCAGUUAUCCGAGGACGGCAUUGGGUCUCCUUCAGCGAUUUUUCUUAUAGCACUAUCCGGGAGUUUCUUUAUAGCCGCUGUGCUUCAUCCUCAAGAGUUCAUGUGUGUAGUCCCGGGUCUCCUAUACUUUUUGAGUAUUCCAUCUAUGUAUCUACUUCUCAUCAUCUACUCACUGGUCAAUUUGAAUGUUGUCACUUGGGGAACGAGAGAAGUGCAAACUAAGAAGACAAAGAAAGAGCUGGAAGAGGAGAAAAAGGAGCAGGAGGAGCUUUUGAAAAAGAAGAAGAAUCCGGAUUUACUCUCCUUUUUAGGUCUUGGAGGAGGCGACAACGAGGAGGGAAGCAUCACGCUCAGUUUGGCCAACCUUUUCACCUGCAAAUUCUUUACGUACCCGAAAUCCAACGACGACAAGGUCCAUCUUCUUCAGAUAAGUGAGCAGCUUGAGCAGGUGAAUAAGAAGAUCGGGAAUCUCGAAAAGCAGUUAGAACUCUCUAGGGUUAUUCCUUUCCGUGGCCGAAAAACCUCAGUAGGUGGCAGAGGAUCGGUCAAGUCAGCGUCCGAAGCUGGAUUGGUGCCUGUAAAUGAGAACGAUGCUGAUAACGCAGAAUUCAACUCGGAUUCAGAUGAAGAAAAUAGCGAAAGAUUAGAACCCAAGCCAGAACGAGACGAUCUUAUUAAUCCUUACUGGAUAGAGGAUAAAGACCUGAAAAGAGGAGAAGUGGAGUAUUUGUCUGCUGCAGAAAUGCAGUUUUGGAAGGAUCUCAUCGAAAAGUACCUGUAUCCGUUAGAUAAUAACAAAGAACAUCAAGCCCGAGUAGCUGCUGAGCUCAAAGAACUGAGAAAUAAAGUAGUGUUUGGAUUUUUCAUGUUCAAUGCUCUUUUUAUCCUAAUAGUAUUCCUGAUGCAACUAAACAAGGACCUACUGCACUGGGACUGGCCUCUUGGUGUCAAAACAAACAUAACUUACAUUCCUGAAACUAGCGAGGUACGAAUCGACAAAGAAUACCUUCAGUUAGAACCCAUUGGUUUGGUAUUUGCCGUUUUUUUCGCCUUGAUAUUGAUUAUCCAGUUCACUGCUAUGUUGUUUCAUCGUUUUGGCACAUUAUCUCACAUCAUGGCCUCUAUAGAACUUGGUUGCUUCAAUCAAAAGGUUGAGGACAUCAGCGAUGAUGCUUUUAUAGACAAAAAUGCCGUCCAAAUAGCCAAACAGUUGCAGCGUUUGCGCGGUAUCGAUGAUGACUCCAAAAGUGAGGAUUCCUCUUACGGCGACAGAUUGGCCAGGAGGAAAAUUGUCCAGAACUUGGAGAAGAGAAAAAACCAGAAGAGUCGCAUUGGCACUCUAGAUGUUGCAUUUAGGAAACGAUUCAUGAACAUUAAUGCUCAAGACCCAGGGCACAAAGUGGCAGCAACUCCCGUUUUAAGUGGUCUACAUCAUCUAGGACGUAACCGAGAGACGUUAAGAGCUCUAGAAAUGCGUAGAAAUUACAUCCUAGGAAGUAGUAACAAAAUGGAGACACUCGGAGCAAAAAAUGAAUAUGUCCUCAGAAACGGUAGAUCUAGGACCAUGGAAACGAGAAGAAUUGAAGAUUUGUUUGCAGGUCGCCAAAACGGUAAAGUAAAUCCAGCUAUGAGCGACGACUCUGAUGUAGAAACAGGAGGUCGCAAUCUCAGAAUGGAAACCUACGGAUCCAGAAACAGCCUUUCGAGCUACAGAGAGGAAUCAGAAGCUCCAAGAAGGAGGCAAAGCCACAUGUGAAAGUGUCUGAUAUUGUCGCUUUCUGCCAAAUGGACAAUCCACUGGUGCUACUUAACCGAAAUAUGUCGUCUUCUAAUAUUGACGGAAUCGAGUACGUAAAUAUCUGCAGAUGCAUUACCUUCGCCACACUUUCUCGCUUUGCUUGAUGAUAGCCAGAUAUCUACCAGCUUUAUUUCGUCGAUUAAAUGAGAAGACAUCUAUCAAAUACCUUUAAAACGCAAAGUGAAUUGCUGAUUAAAUGUAUUCAUGAGUUCGAUAUGUUAGUGUCCAAAAUGUUUCCUAAAACAUUGUGAUAUAAAUAUUUUUUCUAAGGGAGGACACCUGGAAUCUUUUGAACUAGAAAUAAAAAGUGCCAAUGGCAGGGUGGUUGCAAGUGACACAUGAGUAUAAAUAUGCGCUAAUUUAACUAGCGCAUUCUUAUUCCAUACUUAAAUUGCUUUUACUUUUAUUAUCUACAUUUGUCUUAAUAAGAAUAAUUUUCUAAGAAUUUUAUAUUAACGGGAAUUUCUAAAAUGGAAUAUAGCUUUUAAUAUUUGAUAUUUUUAUUCAAAGGAUGAUGAUAACGAAAACUUACUCUUCUAUCAGCUACUUAUCUUAAAUUAUUCAUAAUGUGUAACAUAAUUUAUUUUCGUGCGUGUAAAUGUCAUUGAGUUAAAUAGAUUAUCUAAGAUUUUAAAUAUUUUUAUUAUACUUAAAUAAUUCUAACCUUAAGUGUUAAAAUUGCCUGAGUUGCAAAAUGUACAAAGUAAAUUUUUGUAUGUAAAUUUGACAUUCUUCUAAUUUUUUCGUAAAGAAUCUUUAAAGUAAAAUGCAUCCUUCCCUUAAUUUGUGAAAUGGAAAAUUUAGAAAACAAUAAUUUGUAGCUGAAGUUUAAAAGUUUGUAAAAUAUGUAUUGUAUCAAAUCUUUUAAAGUUUCUUGAAGAAGCAGCGAAACUUGUGAUUUUAGUAGUUUAAUAAAUAUAUAUUCUUUUUUAAA